GCUCAGCUGGUCAGACCGGUUCCCAGUCGAGUUGGCGCCGUCCGCCUUUAUCUCUGUCUCAUAGGCCAGAGUGGAGAGUUUUGCUGACUGCUGCGCGGUGGGGUUUCACUAUAAAAUCUAUAGGCUCCCCCGCAGCGGAAAAAAUGGCAGGUAGUCUUCUACACUCCUUCGCCACUUCCUUCUCUUCUUGCUCGUCUUCGUCUUCUUCCCGUCUCCUUCUCUCCCAUUCUCCUCCUCCCUCCUUGUUCUUCACGAGCUUCCGCCGGGCUGCCGCUCUUGCUGCUCCCGGGGUUCGAUUCUCGCGUGUCCUCGCUUAUUCUUCGUCGUCGUCUUCAUCUUCUCGCUCGCCGUUGUGUUAUCGGAGAGGACAGAGGAGGCUUAUGGCGCACUCAAUUGCUCGGGCAACUCUGGGGCUCACUCAGCCCAACGCCGUCGAUGUCCCGAAGAUCGCAUUCGCUGCGAAAGAGAUCAAUGCGGUGGAAUGGAAAGGAGAUUUACUUGCGGUUGGUGUCACCGAGAAGGACAUGGCUAAGGAUGAGAGCUCGAAGUUCGAUAACUCACUUCUGAAGAAGCUCGAUUCCCAGUUGGGUGGUCUACUGAGUGAAGCCUCUUCCGAGGAGGAUUUCACAGGAAAAGCUGGUCAGUCAAUGGUGCUUAGGCUUCCUGGUCUGAGCUCCAAAAGGAUAGGCUUGAUUGGUCUUGGACAAUCUAGCUCGACCACAUUUGCUUUCCGUGGCUUCGGUGAGGCUUUUGCUGCUGCUGCCAAGUCUACUCAGGCUAACAGUGCUGCUGUUACCCUUGCAACGACGGACAGCAUCUCAAACGACUCAAAGCUCAGCACUGCUUCAGCAAUAGCAUCCGGGACUGUGUUGGGAUUGUACGAGGACACUAGGUACAAGUCAGAAGGGAAGAAACCCGUGCUUAAAUCUGUUGAUUUCAUUGGUCUUGGAAGUGGAGCUGAAAUAGAGAAGAAGUUGAAAUAUGCUGAAGAUGUUUCCACCGCUGUAAUUUUUGGGAAAGAGCUUGUGAAUUCCCCAGCUAAUGUUCUUACUCCUGCUGUACUGGCUGAGGAAGCUUCCAAGAUUGCUUCCACAUACAGUGACGUUUUCACUGCUACUAUCCUUGAUGCCAAAAAGUGUGAAGAAUUGAAAAUGGGAUCCUAUCUUGGCGUUGCUGCAGCAUCGGCAAACCCUCCUCAUUUCAUUCAUUUGUGUUACAAGCCUUCGAGUGGACCUGUUAAAACCAAGCUGGCAUUGGUUGGAAAGGGAUUGACUUUUGACAGUGGUGGCUACAACAUCAAGACAGGAGCAGGCUGUUCCAUUGAGCUCAUGAAAUUUGACAUGGGUGGUUCAGCAGCUGUUCUUGGUGCAGCAAAAGCCAUAGGUCAAGUUAAACCUCCUGGAGUCGAGGUUCACUUCAUUGUUGCAGCUUGUGAGAACAUGAUCAGUGGGACUGGUAUGAGGCCUGGGGAUGUAGUCACAGCAUCAAAUGGGAAGACAAUUGAGGUGAAUAACACUGAUGCUGAGGGCAGGCUAACACUUGCAGAUGCAUUGGUUUAUGCAUGCAAUCAGGGUGUGGAGAAGAUAAUUGAUCUGGCGACGUUAACUGGUGCUUGUGUAGUUGCUCUUGGGCCCUCAAUUGCAGGUGUCUUUACACCAAGCGAUGACCUGGCCAAGGAAGUAUUCACAGCAGCAGAGGCGAGCGGGGAGAAACUUUGGAGGAUGCCAUUGGAGGAAAGCUACUGGGAUAACAUGAAGUCAGGUGUAGCCGACAUGGUCAAUACCGGUGGUCGUCAGGGAGGAGCCAUCACUGCUGCUCUAUUCCUGAAACAGUUUGUCGACGAGAAAGUCCAAUGGAUGCACAUCGACAUGGCUGGACCCGUGUGGAACGACAAGAAGCGUGCUGCCACAGGAUUCGGAAUCGGAACUUUGGUGGAGUGGGUCCUGCUCAACUCUUCUUCAUAGACACGCACAGACAAGCAUCAGCAACUAAAAAUAAUUGCUUUAAUGGUUUGGGGAUCCAUCAGUUUCAGGAAUAAUAGAAAAUGAAAAGGGUGUUUCGAACAGCAAGGGGGGAAAAGGAGUGUUUAUGUGAGGAAUUUUGGCAUUUUCUUUUGGCGCUUUGGGUACAAGAACAGAGUUAGGGACUCUGUUAUUCCUUCUGCUUGAAGUUCAUUGGGUUGCAUGCUUAAAACCGGGAAAUCGAUUCCCUUUCGACAUAGAAUUUGGUACUACAAGAACUCUGUUUCUCUUCUCAUACGAAAUGAUAAUUCAAUUCUCAACAAAAUUGGUUCGAAACCGAGCUAUGAUUGUCGAUCUCAUCCGAAUUCUGCAUAUCGAACCCUCAUUGCAGAUAUGAAACCACAGAAGUUCAUUCAUACACCACUUCCUUUAUUCAUGCCGUCACCCAUCGCCGCAAAUACACAAAAAGAAGAGACUAUCACGAAGAUUUCACCAUGGAUUCCACAAACCCACUCCCAAGCAGCCGCUCCACGUACUUGCCCAAAAUGUCGACCUCCAAAUUCACCUUCUCCCCUACGCUCUUCAUCGGAACCACAACUUCCUGCUGGGUAUAAGCCACCAUCAUGAAGUUGAAGCACCCUUCCUCCUCCAUCACAUCCACUACGGUCAAGCUCGUCCCGUCGACGGCGAUGAACCCUUUGGGAACAAUGUAUCUCAACAGCUCCUCAUCCUCCACUCUCACCUUCACCCACAGCGAGUCCCCUUCCUUGACUCUGCUCACGAUCUCCCCUGUUCCGUCCACGUGUCCCUGCACGAAAUGCCCGCCCAUCCGGCCCGCGGGCUGAACCGCCCGCUCCAGGUUGACCCUUGACCCGGGUCCCAGCUCCAUCAGCGACGUCUUCCUCAGCGUCUCCGGGGCCAGCCCGGCGGUGAAACAUUCGUCGGUGAAUUCCGUCACCGUCAGGCAGGUCCCGUUGACGGCGAUGCUGUCGCCGAGAUGGACACCCUGGAGGACGGUCUUGGCUCGGAUCUCGAGCUCGAAUCCGGCGCCGUUUUCCGUGGUGCCCAGCCGCUUGAUUUCCCCCAUUUCUUCCACGAUUCCGGUGAAGAGCGAUCUGGUCGUCGUCGUGGAGGAGGGUUUGUUGGAUUGGGGGAAUUUGGCGGCGGAGAGGCGGAAUGGGUUGGGAUUGGAGAUGGAGGAGGUGAAUUUGAGAUUCGAUUUCUUGCUAUUGGGGAGAAGGAGAUUCAGGAUCGGCCGGGUGAUUGUUGAUUGCGAUUGGGUUCUCCACGUUGGGGUGAUUCUUGGCCCAUUGGCUGGAGUUGUUGUGAGAGAAAGGCAUGCCGCCAUCUUCUUUGUUUUUCUUUCUUUCUUUCUUUCCUCCUCCCCUGUUCUCGUUUCCGUUGUUUGGUUUCUGUGAAAAUUGUGGCGAGAGAGGGUUUUAGAGCGGGAAAAAACGAAGUGAGCCACGCCGCUUCCCACUUGCAAGCUGCAACAACGGCCUGAUUCGCGCGUGUAGAGUCGAGCCAAACUCCAUGACUCACACCGCCACCGAACGAAGAGAAUCUCACGCUUUACGCCAUUACUGGAAUUUGGA